CUUGAGUACAAUAUUAAUUGUGGUUUUUAAUCUGAAAAUAAAUUUUUUAUCUUUAAUAUUUUUCUUUUUAACUAAAAAAUGUUUAGAAUAUUAUUUGACGGAUAAUUAUAAACAAAAUUUUCAUAAGAUUUCUUCACUCGUUUUUCAAAAUUAUUUAAAUCAAAUGCGAAUCAAAUUGUAAAAAGAAGAUCUUCAUUAAUUUUGUUUGUUCCGAAAUAAUUAUUGUAAGACUUAAAUUAACAAUUUAAUAGAAAAAAUAAAAGUAACAAAAUAUGCAAGUGACUGGCAGUAGAUUCUAUUAAAUAAGUCUAAAAUUGUAAGAAAAAUGCAAAAAAAUAUCGAAAACAUUAACAAAACAUAAUCAAAACAAACGAAAUAUUAAAACAAAAACAACAAAAAAAAAAUAAAGUAACCUUUGAUCGCGUUAUGCGAAUUUUUUAACUGAAUGAUUCAAAUUUUAUGAUAAAAUACCGCGCCGGUGUAAAAUUCAUUUUUCCCAUAUUUUACUUUAUUAUUUGUUUUAAUUAAACAAUAUAUAUUAUGUAAAUACUUCUAUAAAUAAAACUAUAUACAUAUUUAAUUCAAAGUUAUUGUAUUAUAAACCUACAAUAAUAUUAAGAUACGGUUUAAUAACAAAAUUGAGGAAACAAAAUAUUUUUUUUUAUAAUUCCCGCGCAUUGGACAAAUUACAAAUAAAUUUAAUAAUGCCUAUUAAAGAAUAUUUACAUGAGCAACCGAUUCAAUUAUAUAUAAUUGAAUUAUUAUCAAUAAUUUAUUUAAUAUUGCAAUUAAUUUUAAGUCACAUAACACAUUCUUUAACAUUACAAUUUGAUUCAUAUCAUAUGAUAUGUAAAAUAAUAGCUUUAACUGGACGUAUUAUAACUGAAAAAUACUCAAAGAAUUCAAAUCGAUUUAAAAAUUUACAAAAUGUUCAUACAACAUCAAAUAAUGGCACAACACAAUCAACAUUAACACCAAAUGGUACAUUAAAAUCACCAUACCAUCAUAAUGGUAACAUAACAAAUGGUUUAAAUGGUCAUAAAAAUGCAAAUCAUAAUUUAGAAGAAAAUAAAUUUAUUGAAGAAAGUAAAAUUAAACCAGUAACGCAAAAAGAACGUGAAGAUUAUGAGAAGAAAUUAAAAAAUACAUUUGGUUGGACACGUAUAAAUGUACUUACAAUGUCAGUAAUAUUCAUUGUAUUAGCAUCAUUAUCGUUUUCAAAUGUUAUUGAAGCUAUUAAAGCUUUCAUACAUAUGUCACAUAAAGAUAUUAUUCAUUAUCCUUUACCAGUGCUUACAUGUGGUGCAAUUGGAUUAGUUUUAGAUAGUUUAACAUAUUUUCUAAUUGGUGGUUAUACAAUACAUUUAGUUAAUUUUUGUAAAUUUAAAAAUCUUUCAAAUUAUUCAUCUAUAUGCAGUGAUAUUGAAAAAAUUAAAAAUAAUGAGAUAUUAUCAACAAUUAAACAAAAUUCAGAAGAAAAGAAUAUGCAACAGACAAUUGAUAAUAUUCGGAAUACACAAGUAAAACAGACACAAUAUUAUACAAACGAUGAUUCUAUCGUAUUGAAUGAAAAUUUCCGUCCAGGAUGGUAUGACAUAUUUACUGAUAUAUCAAGUUCAUUACUUGUAAUGAUUUGUGGAUUAACAGUACACCUAUUUACAACAUAUUGUGUCGAUUGCAACAAUGGAAAAUAUAUUGAUCCAAUUUUGGCAAUAUCUUCAUCAUUUAUAUUACUAGUGAUGAUAUUCCCAUAUAUGAAACAAUCCUGUAUGAUAUUGCUACAAACAAUACCAGGUACAAUCAAUAUACAAGUUUUUCGUAAGAAUUUAUUGGAAAAAUUCCAAGAAAUUUCUGUACAUGAUUUACAUAUUUGGUCACUUACAUCAAAAAAAUAUGUUUCAACCGUUCAUAUAAUUUUUAAAGAUCCAAAUCUAUAUUUGAAUACGAUACAAGAAAUAAAAAAAUAUUUUUAUGAACAAGGUAUUGCAACAGUUUCAAUACAACCGGAAUUUUUAUGUGCUAAGAUACGAUCUACAAUGAUUCCGAAUAAAAAAAAUAAUGAAAUUAUUCAAAAACUGCCAACAGAUGAUAAAGAAAAUUUGUCAACAUUAACAUACAAUACAAAUACAAAUAUUUCAUGUGAUAAUUGUUUAGUACCAUGUUUAGCAUUAGCUUGUGCUGAAAAAUCAUGUUGUAAUAUUAAUACAGAACUAAAAGAAAUUCUAUCUGUAUCAUCAUUAGAAAAUAUUAAUAAUUCACCAUGCUAUACAAAUAUUGUUACAUGUCAAACAACAGUAGCAUCUUUAAUAUACAAUCAAAGGAAAUUAUCAACUGAUGGAAAAUUACAAGAACAAUCACCAUCACAUCAAUCAAAGCAAUUACAAACACUUGAUGUUAAUAAUUUAGAAAAUAUUAAAUCUAGUCACAUAAUAAAAUUUAAUAAUAAAUGUAAUCGAAAUCUGGAAUAUAAUUUACAAGAAUUAAAUGGUAAUUAUAGAUUAUUAGAACAAAAUAAUGAUAAAAAUUAUUUUAAAAAUAAUUCAUUACAAUUGCCAAAUAAUAACACUAUAAAUGGAAAUUGUUCAUCAGAAUUUAAAGUAUGUCGCAUUAAUGUAAAAUCGUUUCAAAAAGUUAAAAACUAA